ACUAUCAGAAAUAUGGGUCGGUCGCCAAGUCCAAGGCGGCGGGAAGAUCGGCUAGAUCGGCGGAGAAACAGAGAUCACGACCGGGACCGGGACCGCGAGAGGCGAAGACAGCGCACGCGAUCCAGGUCUCGCUCCUUAGACCGCAGACGACGCUCCCCGGACCGUAGAAGGUCGCCCUCGCCCACUAGAAGACGCCGAUCGCGUUCGAUCUCUCCAGGGCCCUCUUCGUCUUUUGUAGCUAAAAAGAAGACUUUUGCGGAGCGUCCGAUCGUCACCCCCGCCGAUUUGGAGGGAAAAUCUCCUGAGGAACAAGAAAUGUUGAAAGUUAUGGGCUUUUGCGGUUUCGACACGACAAAAGGUAAGAAAGUCGAAGAUAAUGUUGAAGGCGAGGUCCACGUCGUUUUAAAACGAAAGUACCGACAGUACAUGAAUAGGAAAGGAGGUUUCAAUCGACCGUUGGACUUCGUCGCGUAGCACCGACCCGUAUAUGGUUACGCACAAUCUAAUUUCUAUAGAAUUUUCAGUUUUCUCAAGUUUUUUGCGACAUUUUUAAUGUCGUUGUGAUAUUACUGUUGUAUGUGAACACACUAGUUACCUGGAUGCGCAGCUAUGAGCAUAUUCAAUGUCUUAACACAUUCAGUGCCGAAAACCCAACUAUCGGGUAUUUUAUGAUUCUGUUCCCAGGCCGGAUCACCCGAUAGUCAGGAUCGUGAUAAUAGUGGUACAACUGGUUUUUAUGAUGAAAUUGUUGUGGCCUAGCGCGGACGUCUUGUUUGGCUGGAUGGCAAUGAAUGUGUAUAUGCUACAGUGGUUAUUUUGUAAUGAUAAUAGGAUAUUAACUUUAAUAUAUGAAUGUGAUUAUAUUUCCCAUUUUUAUAAAGGUGCAUCCAUACACUGCAGUUAGAUUUUGCGGAGCAACUCGGUAAUAUAAGGUAACUCACCCAGUUGCACAAUGUUGCACCACAAAAGUUAACUGUGAAGUAGAUGCACCUUAAACCAUGGGCUUAGUUCAGCCUGAUUGGUUAUAAAAUGUGGUAUUUUAACUGUUGUAAUAAUAUACUUGAAAUUUUACUGACAAGACUUCCGUGAGACACAGACAUAUUAAAUAUAUUAAGAACAGGUCACUCACGUAGUUUAAGUCGAAAAAUGCUCGACAUGUUUCACAUACUGUUUGCGCCGGUCCAUCACCGUAAACGCAAGCUCCUGAUGACACUCCUCGGUGCGGAGUGAAACAUGUCGACCGUUUUUAGACUUAAAAUACGUGAGUGACCCGUUCUUAACAUAUUUUAUGUACUCGAAUAUUUUUCAUUUUGCACCUACCGUAUUUUUAUACGGACUUUAGAUAAUGGCAAACAUGCCAGAAGAAAAUUUCUUAGUUUCUGGAAAAUUUUACAAUUUUCAUAUUGAGUAUCUAUAUUGCAUUACUGACAUUACUGUGCAUAUGGUUUCGAUUUAUGGUUAUACUUUUUUUUUUAAAUUUUUUAGUACAUGAUAUCACCACAUUUCUGCCAAGUAGAGACAUUAAAACAAAAUAGCCGCCCUAAACAAGUGUGUUCACAUGUAAUAUGUGUUGAUUCCAUUUUUUACUUAGCAUAAGUGUUAUGACAAUGUUUACCAUGUUUUGCUGAGGGUAGGCCUGUGUCAAGACUUGAAUCUUAAACUACUGCGAAAAAAUUCACAAAUUAUUCUCUGUAUUUUUAUACAUCUUGGAGACCAUUGCCAAUUGUGUAGUUUUUCAUUUACAGUGAAAAUAAUCGUUUUUGCAUUCAUCUACAUUUGAUUGUCUUCCAUAUUUAUGUUAAUUUAAUGUUUAUCUUUUUAAAUUUAAUAGAUUUUUCAAUAACAUAUAAUGCAGGGGAAAUCUGGUACUAUAAUUGUUUAAAACACCAUUUUUUUUAAACUUAUUAUCUCAUAUUCACUAUGUAUUUCCUAAAACAAUAAGUUAGACACAGGUUUUACUCUCAUUUGUUUUGCCAAGUGCCUUAAAAGUUUAAAAUCAGUUAAAUGGAAAUAUAUGAAAAGGUGAAAUUAUAAUAUUUAAAAAAAAUUGCCUAAGAAGAAACUAUUAAGUCUAGUCACUAUAAUAAGGCCCGCUUCCGUGUCCCAGGGUUAGCUAACUAACUUGGAGUUAACCAUUUAAACAGGGAUUAACUGCACUGUAAUUAACGGUUAACUCUGAGUUAGUGACUAGGCUAACCCUGCAAUGCGCAAGUAGCCCUAAAAAGAUAGUUUACUGUAGGAACCAAAUUAUAUAAUAAAAAUAACAUUCAACAUGUAAACUGAUAAUCAAAAACAAAAUUAUUUCUUAACACUAUUGUUACUUUACAUGAUUACAACUUUUAAGGCUCCUGGCAAAACACUAAUCUUAAGCUAGUUAUAAGCCCGCUAAACAGUCCCAGUGCGCAGCCGCGGCCCGCACUGGUCCGGUCCACUGUGUACCCGGGGCUCACUGUGCACCGGGUACACACACCAAGAAGCGCUAGGAGUCGAAUCUGCCACUAAUAUUAAUCUGUGUACCUUCUGGUCAUAAGGGACCCGAGAAAGAUAGAGCAUAAUUCAGCAACUUCAUCUCAACAGUAAUUUCGUCAAUACUAUGCGACGUCCCACGGGUAAAGGUACCUUAUGGCGGUUGGCGCUUACGCUAUUAUAAACGUCGCUCCAAUAUUAUUGCGGCGCUAUGCGACGUAAGCGCCAGCCACCAUAAGGUACCUUUUGCCGUGGAACGUCACACUAUGAAAAAAUCUCAUAUCUGACAAUGUCACUCAAAGUUGAAAGGCAGUUUCUAUAUACGAAAUAUUAAAAUAACAAAUUGAUUUCCUAAUUAAACUGUUAAUUUUGUAUCACGGAUGUAGAAGCAUGCUCUAAGGCCUAUAAGCCCUUUUGGAAAUAUUUGCUCAUAUAUUUGUUGUGUAGCUUUUAUUUUUCUAUUAUAAAAAGGGAUUACACAAUGUAUAUGGUCAAAUAUUCCUAAAUGAUUCUUUGGCCUUAUUCUUCACUGACUUUGACAGAACAAUUUAUGGAAGUGUCAUUGUUUUAUACAAAUUGUUCAUAAUGACAUUCCACACUUUGUAUUAGUUGCCACACAGAGUUGGCUUAGACCGACUAGUUGCAAUUUUUCCACAUUUCCAUCGGAAGGUACAAGAUUCCUUAUAAGACUGAAAGCUGCCUGCCAUGUUCCGUUUCCCGCGCCCCGCGCUACACACAUAUAGCCUUAGAUACAGAGUUAUUUACACACACACUCACAUUCCCCCUAUCCUCCACAUGUACAAUAGUUAAGUCUGUGUUGCCAGAGUCAAAUAUCAUCAAGCCAUUGCCAGAAUGCCGAAAUACUUUUUUUUAGUAUAGGCAUUUUGUGCAGUGCUUUAUUGAGAUUUAAAUUUGUAUUUAGUAAUUUAAAUUUAUUAUAUACAGCUUGGGAAAAAAGAGUGGUAAUAAAAAAGUGGCAACACUAGUGUUGUCCCUUUCAAACCAAUUUAUAUAAGAAAACGGGACAUUACAGUGUUGCCACUUUUUGCCAAGCUGUACCUCUUAAAAUGUUGUAGAUUUUUUUUGUCUGUUAAGGUGCAGAUAAUUUGUGGAGCAACACGGUAAUAUUAAGUAACUUACCUAAUGUUACUGUGUUGCUACAAUGUUACUCCACAAAAAUGUGGUUUGGAUACACCUUAAAAAAAAUGUGUUUAGAAAAUAGCCAUCCAACGCCUAUAGUCAGACCGUAAAAAGUCUGCAGUGAUUUUUAUAGCCCACGCAGUGCAAGUGUCAUUUUAAACGUCAAACUUCUAUGAAAUUAUGACGUAUACAUAACACACUUGGUGGGCUAUCAAAUCCGCUGCAAUCUUUGUUUGGUGCGACUAUAGUUGGCAGGGAUUUUGAUAGCACAGACUGUGCACGUUUUAUGUAAACGUCAUAUUUCAUAGAAGUCUGACGCUUAAAAUAACACUUGCACAGUCUGGGCUAUAACUUGAUCGUGUUGUCAACAUCACAAAAAAAUCUCACUAAAGCAAAAUAUGGUUUGACGAUAUUAUACUCUGUGAACACAGAUGCCAUAGCCAAUAAUAUACAAUUGUUGAUAUUUUUUACUGAUAUAUUGCACCCGCGGCGCGCGGGGGGCACGGCCAGCAUCAUGUAUACUAUAUAAUGAUAUAUGACAUGUGAUAUAUGAUAUGAUUAUGUAGAACGUUGGUGUCGGAUCCGACUCUGAAACGCUUGUCACGCCAUCUACACUUUUGAAUGAAUCGAAAAUGCUAAAAAACUCUGAUAAUGACAAAACUAGUCAUUAUUUUCACUGAAAUAUACCUACGGAAUUAUGUAAGUCCUUGAUAAAGAAAGGUCAAAGUUAAACUUUUUUUUUUACAAUUUGUAAAAAUAUCUUAAAGCAAUGCAUUUGCAAAUUCAAUUACAUUGUAUUGCCCAUUGUAAAGUUAGACCAAGAAAGGUCUGCAGCGAUUUUGAUGCACGCAGUGCAAGUGUUAUGUAUACGUCAUAAUUUCAUAGAGGUUUGACGUUUAAAAUAACACGCACUGCGUGGGCUGUUUAAAUCGCUGCAGACUUUUCUUGGUCUAACUCAAUGCAUUCUACCUUACCUUUUAGCAACAAUGAAAAAAAAAACGCACCUUUUUCAAGACUGUAUCUGAAAAAUAUUGUUUUCUCAAAAUAAUAUGUACAAUCAACAGCACAAUUUUAUCCUCGUGAGUCUAAAUGUACAGUCGCCAUCAGAUAUAUCGGAGCGGCCAAGGUGUUCACAAUAUCUGAGCACGCGCUCUAACUCCCUGACAAUAGAGGCGUGUUCAGAUAUUUGUGAGCGCCUUGGCCGCUCCGAUAUAUCUGAUGGCGACUGUACAUAUUCGUUGCAAUUUGAUUUAAACCUUUCAUGUAUUUCUUUUGUUUCAUUGCGUUUUAAAAUGAAUGAAAUUCGUUCCAAUCUAUUUUGAGAAGAUAAAAGUUGUAAUGGAGUAUCUGUAUCCCUCGUGUAAAUUUCAUUCGAUAGACAUCGGUUACACGCUAAUUCGGCGUCAGUUCAGUCCAUCAUUCCAUUGUUGUAUGGACGGUGACGUCGGUGACUGACGCGAGAAUGACACAAAGGUUACACGAUCAGUCUACUAUCAGUUUUCUGUAAUUCAAAACGGACUGACGAAUAUUAUCAAAAACUUUAAAUUUUCAUCAGUACAGUCCAUCAGUCCGCGUGCUAUACGAUAAUUCUCCCGUCAUUCUGACCAGACUGACUGACGCCAGAAUUAGCGUGUAACCCAUGUCAUAGGGUGACGUGACGUACGCGUUUGCGUUUAUUGUCAUUUUGUAUGGGAUUUGGAGUUUCCAAUACGUCACGCUUGGCGCGCUGUUCGGAAUCCAGUACAAAAAUAGAUAUAUAACGCGAACGCAGGUCACGCUAUCAAAUGAAAUCUACACUAGGGGUUCUGAAAGGAAAAUGGGUCAAUGAUGAAAUAUAUUAUUUUUGACAUCUUAGUUUUCUAUAUUAACGUUGUUUUUCAAUGCUUACCAAAUAACAACAUUACAACUACUAUCUAAGAUCAAAUUGUCAAGAAUAUAUGUGAUGUAUAAUGAGAUGUAUCCUUGACUCUAAUACAAAAAUAAAACUAUUAAGUUUAUGUUUUGAAGAUUCUGAAGUUCUAGUCUUUUAUUGUAACCAUUCAGAACAUGCAAAUUAUAGAAUUUGAAGCAGACCAUCCUAAUAGCCGAACACACGCUACCGCACAGCACCGCGAACUUGGUGCGGUGCGGUAGUGUGUUACGGCUUUAAUAAUAUGGGGUCUGACGGACCCAUAUAGAAUUAAAAACACGUUUUACUAAUAUACUGCACAGUUUUGUAAAGUUUUCAUUAAUUUCAUUCUGAUUAGUAUUUCUUUUCUAUUUGAAAUAUUUAGUUACCGUUAAACGUCUUCAAAUGUUUUUUUGUAAUUAUAUGUACUUGCGCCAUAAAGGCAGUAAUAUUCUAUUUCAAAAUUUAACUGAAAAUAAAACUUCCUACAUUAAAUUCUUUAUAGUUUUUUUUUACUAUGGGUGAAGUUAAUACAAUCUAUAACAAUUUAUUUAAAAAAGUAACAUAUCAUGUUAUAUGUGAAGAUUCAUUCCCACUUGUAUAUACCAUGAUUUAUUUAUACUUAUGUAUCAUUAGUAAAAAUAAGUGAUUCUGUUUGGUUUAAAAAUGUAUAAAAUAUUAGUCUGUAAAUUGUGUGCCCUUGGCAUUUUUGGAUUUAAGUAUAGGUUAGAUAAAACAUUAAAAAAACCUAAUUUAGUAUUUAUUUAGUUGUAAAAUAUGCGAUGGACAUUUUGAAAACGCUCAAACAUCAUAGUCAAAAGGUCUUUCGGUAAUAUAGUGGGGUUUUCUCAAAAUGUAGCAUUUGCCAUAUUACAUGACAUAAUCAUUGAAACUGAAUUUUGCCAAAUUAUACACAUCUAACAAAUAUUUUGUGAUUCUAAACUAAAUGAUAAUGUUAUGUAAUAAUAAUGUUUUUGUUUUUAUGAGUGAUUUAAAGUCAAAAUAUAUUUUAUGUAAUGCAAGGGCAAGUUUAAACUGUAUUAAAUCAUUUUGGAUAAA